AUGAUUGAAACUAAAAGCGCCAAAGAUGUUAGUAGAUACACAAGUUUUCCCGAUGAAAAAGAAGUUAUAUUAGGACCGGGCACUCAGCUACGUGUGAAAGCCAACGCACUGCAACAUGGUACAUUGCACAUUGUUCACUUGGUUGAAGUUUCCGAUGACGAUGGUGAUGAUCAGGAAUCAUUACCGGCAGCUGUGGGUUCUAUGACAUUAAACUCACAAUCAAAGAGCACAGAACCAAAACAAGUAUCAUCAGCUUCAGCAGUCCCAGUACCGAAGAAACCAGUGUCAUCUAAUCCGAACAAGAAAAACAUACCAGUAUCCUCAAAACGCAAACACUACGUUUGUCAGCAUCCUAGCUGUGAUAAUACAUAA